CACCAUGGCCGGCAUCAUGGACGAUAAUCGUAUUUUAUGGCUCAAGUGCACCAUCUCGAAUGUGUUGGGUGUAUUCGAACCAGAAUUUGUCAAUGCCGUUAUCUAUGAUAAUAUGAAUGAUUUCAAGAGUUUCCUGGAGGACAAAUACACCAAAAACGAGGAUAUCAAUAAAGUCGUUUUGUAUAUGUGGCGCACCUUCUAUGACAAGCUAGUUGAGGAGGAGAUCACCGUUCUGGAGGAGGGUAAGUUUGUCCACAGACCAUUACACGAACACACAGUGGAACCAGAAUUACCUACUGAACCUGAGAAGAAAGAUAAAAAGGGCAAAAAAGGAAAGAAAGGGCAGACAGCUGGAAAAGAUGCAAAGGCGUCCACACCGAACAAAGGCCUCAAAACAGCCAAGGAUUCUGGACGAGAAAAGGGAGGUGGUGAUGAUUUCGAUGCUGGUAUUGAUACGGGGGCUGACAGUGCAGGCGAUGACAUUGGAGCGGAAAGUGUAAAGAGUUCUGCCUUAUCGGCCAGCGACGAUGACGAUGAAAUUGGGUCCAGGAAGAGUGGCAAAGGCAAAGGACGUAAAAAGAAACGCAAGACAAUACAGGCUCCUGUUCCGGUCUAUGUGGAAGUUAAGAAAAUCAUUCCAACGUUUGUAAAGACCCCAAUAUUGCAUUGCCACUUUGGGGAGCUGAGCUGUACACAUUUCGACAACAAUAUCAAAUAUGUGUAUAUGAUACGCAAAGAAGUUAACGGAAUAGCUUUCUACUCAGAUAUCAACGAAUGUUUUGCCGAAAUGUCUCAGUAUUUUAUCUUUGGAACUGUAAGAGGUGAACUAAUAAAGUCUAUGAGCCAAGAUGUUGAUAUGAUAUUUAAAAAGGCAAUUGAAUUUCAAUUUCGCGAACCAAAAUUAAUUGAAGGCAAACACAUGGAAAAUUACGAAUCUCAAACACCCGGUGAGGUUGGUACAGAAACGACCGAAGUAAAGGAUACAGCACCCGGCCUAUUAGAACUGGCCAAACCAUCGGAAUUUCGUUUAAAAGCUCUUAAACAGAAGAGGUAUGUAAAGCAUCAAUUUUGUUGUGAAAUGAUCGAAUUAUAA